UGACCUCUGUUUUUUUAUUUUUCCCUUCGUAUUGGACUGUGUGUAGGUUAAGUCGAGUAAAGGGAUGGGAGAUCGCCACCAAGAAGUGGUGAAGUUUUUUGGUGCAAUUCCCUGGUUACAGCAGCUGUCUGAAGCCGAUGUUGUCAAGGUUGCUCGAGCUGUUUCUCCUAAACGAUUUGGAGCUGGAGAAGUGAUCGUCCACAAAGGCACGACCGGUGAUGGCUACUAUUACGUCUGGAAGGGACAAGCUGUCGUCGCUUCUACUGUCGACUCAGCUGAGUGCGUACUAGAAACUGGGCACUACUUCGGAACGAUUGGCUUCGAUUCCGAGGACAUUCUUGAAACAACUGUUGCUGCUCGGGACGAGGUCAUAUGCUUAGUUCUUUACCAUACAGAUAUUGCACUUUUGUUUCCGGAUUAUUUGUGGAAGCAAGGCAUAACGGUGGAACGUAUGCUGCGGCUUGAAAACUUGGAAGAGGACUGCUGGCAAGGAAAUAAUUUGGAAGGAGCACCAUGCGGGGUUUUAUUCGGCCCGAAGGGGCAACCUCCUCGAAAAGUAAUGUUUGGUGGACAGUUUGUUGGUCAGGCUCUAGCUGCAGCUGUGAAGUCCGUGGAACCAUCCCUAUCAGUUCACAGCCUUCAUUCAUACUUUCUCUACGUUGGGGAUUUUUCUUUGCCAGUUUCUUACAAAGUGGAAAAAAUUCGAGACAGCCCGGCCUUCGCGACUCGAAAUGUGACUGCAAUCCAGAGAGGCCGAAAAGUUUUCACUUUGUUAGCGUCAUUUCAGAGACAAGAAGAGAGUAUCACGUACCAGGAUCCUAUGCCUGAUACACCAGAUCCAACUCGGCUCCGGUCUCUGGAACGGACAAUGCUGUCGCAACUAGGUGAUCCAAGGAUUCCCAUGAAAAUGAGGGAAAAUCUUGCCGUUUAUCCCAUGAAAGUUCAUCCAUUAGAUGUUCGGCUGUGUGAACCAAACAACCAUAUAAGUCCACGAAAUUUAGAACCAAGCCAAAACCUCUGGCUUCGCUGUAAAGAAAGGUUGCCAGACGAUCAAGCAUUGCAUCGGUGUGUUGUGGCUUAUGCGUCUGACUGGAUGUUCGUCCAAACGGUCUUAAGGCCUUACGAAGGAGACAGGCGGGUGAAGUACCGUUUAUUGAGCCUAGACCACUCCUUUACAGGAUGUGGUUCCAUAAAGAUAUCAAGGCAGACGAGUGGCUACUUUUCCAGAUCACAAGUCCACGAGCAAGCGAGUCCAGGGGCCUAGUGAUUGGACAUAUGUACAAUCAGUCAGGCGAGCUGGUUGUAACGGCCGUCCAGCAAGGUCUCGUCAGACCACAAAAUCUGAGCUCCAAGUUGUGACAUGAGAGGACAGCUUUAAUUCUCCAGGAGCUCCUAGACACCAAUUUAACUAACAGUUUUCUUGGUGAAGGUUCACCUUUCUGCCA